UCGAAAUAUUAACAUAUCAUUUUGAUUUACAUUAAUAUUGUUAUUAUAUAUCGACACAAUGAAGAUUCCCUAUGUUGUAUCAACAAACUCAAGAAAUGCGUAUCGCACGGCCGAGUUUAUGCAACAAUCGAACGGCGAAGUGCAACGCAGAAUAAUAGCGGAAAAUUUCGAAUGGGAUGAUGGGUAUACACCUCCACCGCUCUCGUUCGUAGCAGCUAUUGCUCUGUCAAAGAUUUUUCAUCGAAUCAAUCCACUCAAUAGAAUACUAAGGAAAGAUAGAGACAUAUUAAUGGAUUUAUUUCCAGCUGAUAUACCCCUCAAAUAUAGCGUCCGCUUAAUAGAGGAUGAGCAAUAUUGGAAGCGUUCAUUUAACAUCAAGUUCCCAACGAGGCUGGAACUCGGAGUCUCCUUCUGGAAAGGAAAAUAUCUAUCGACAUGUUUGCAAGAAUACUUGGAAAAUGCUAAACCUGAUCUUUUCCUUGAAGAUGAAGCAGUGGAGUUGGCCUCUUUGGUUAGUCCUUAUAUUUAUCAAUUAGGAUUGAAUCAGCUACAAAUAAUUCGUCAACCAAAACCGCCAGUACCGGAUCCCAAUACAGUCGAAGACAAUUGCGAAUUUAGUGUACCUAAACUGUACGACCACAUACCACUGGAACCUGUCCUAAGAAAGCUAUAUAACCUGCAAGAAAUAUCUCUGGUGUUUGGACUCAAUAAUCUCGGCGAUGAGUACAUGCCAAGAUACUUUGAAUUUUCUAUUCGAGACUGCGAAUCUUUGUGCAGAGGUCUGGAACACUUGAAUCAUAUAAAAACAAUUCGAAUAAAUCGUAGCAACUUGGACUGUUCGAAGGUUAAGGUGAUUCUGCAGAAUCUUGUUAAGAAAGAAACUAUCGAAGAGUUGGAUUUCAAUCAUUGCAAAAUUGGCGAUUAUGGAAUGAAAGCCCUCGGUGGUUUCAUAUACGUUCAUAAGAAUAUAAGAAGAAUCCGCAUCGCUAAUAACAGAUUUAAAGAAAUAGGUGUCGCGGGCAUAGCGUAUGCUUUGCAGAUGAAUCCAGAGGCGCCGAUAGAACUAAUUGACUUUAGUUUGAAUCCAAUGUCGCUGCAAUGCGCGACAACGUUUGCGGCGGCAUUUGUUCGCUGCAAAGAAAAGCCAAAGACUUUGAUUGUCAACUCCUGCGGGUUCCGAGGAGCGAGCGCUGAAAAGAUGGCAGGUCUCUUGUGCUUAAACAGAGGUUUGACCAGGUUAGAUAUGGCAGCAAAUAAUUUGUCUGGUGAAGCAGAAGCAACAUUACUGAGCGCGUUGGAACAAAAUAAAAAGAUUCUUCGAAUUGAUUUACGGAGAACGCAUAUAUCAGAAGAAACGCAAGCGAAAGUAGAUGAAUUGCUAGAACGUAAUAGGAACCUUAUCGGACAAGAGUCGGAGGCCAGUGAAGAAAUACCGCCGCUGUACCUCAACGAACCAGAGUAUAUGAUAUGGGAGUAUAAUCCCAAUAAUCCUGAUUACAUUCCCGGAAGAUAUCCAGAACGUGUUCCCGAAAUUUAA